CCCGGCUCUAGGCGAGCCUCACGCGUCCGGCUGAGGAGCGCGGGGCACGGCGGCAGCAUGGGGUGCGGCAGCGUGGGGUCCGGCAACUUGGAGCUGGUUUUUGACAGCGUGGGGCACUUUGGCAGAUACCAGAUAUUCCUCUAUUUUAUAUGUGCCUUCCAGAACAUCUCUUGUGGUAUCCAUUACUUGGCUUCUGUGUUCUUGUCAGUGUCCCCACAGCAUACUUGCAGGCCCCCAGGCAAUGUGAGUCAGGUUCUUUUCCAAGGUAUCUCUAGUUGGAGGUUGGAGGACAUCUGGACCCAGUUUUCCAUAGGCCGUGAAGAUCACAUCAUAGUGCAGCUACAGGACAGUGAGAUUUGGGAGCUCACAAGCUGUCACAGGUUCCGGAGGGAUAACAAGUCGAGUUUGAACUAUGAUUAUAACGGCCAUAAGAGUAGUUUCCCUUGCUUGGAUGGCUACAUCUAUGACAAGAGCAAGUGGCGCAGCACCGUGGUGACUGAGUGGGAUCUGGUGUGUAACCGAGAAUGGUUUGGAAGGCUGAUCCAGCCUACAUUUAUGCUUGGAGUCCUGCUGGGAGCGGUGAUCUUCGGCUACCUUUCUGACAGGGCAGGAAGACGACUUGUCUUGUGGGCCACAAGCACCGGUGUAUUUUUGUUUGGCAUAGCAGCGGCAUUCACGUUUGAUUAUUACAGCUUCAUAGUCGCACGCUUCCUUCUUGCUAUCUGUGGAAGUGGCUAUCUCGUGGUGGUGUUUGUCUAUGUGACAGAAUUUGUCGGCAUGAAGUCUCGGACGUGGGCAUCCAUCCACUUGCAUUCCUUUUUUGCUUUUGGAACCAUGGUGGUGGCUUUGACGGGCUACUUGGUCAGGACCUGGUGGAUCUAUCAGAUAGUCCUCUCCACAGUGACUGUCCCCUUUGUCCUGUGCUGUUGGAUGCUCCCAGAGACACCUUUUUGGCUUCUCUCGGAGGGAAAAUAUGAAGAAGCACAAAAAGUAAUUGAUACGAUGGCCAAGUGGAAUAGGACGAGAUCCUGUAAAUUGUCAGAACUUUUAUCACUGGAUCACAAUGGUUCUGCUGGUAAUAAGCCCUCUCAAGUUGAGAAGCACACCCUAUCAGAUCUGUUUUAUGACUGGAGUAUUGGAACAAGGACAAUUAUUGUUUGGCUGAUUUGGUUCACGGGGUGUUUUGGGUUCUACACCUUCUCCCUGAAUUCUGUUAAUUUGGGAGGCAAUGAAUAUUUAAAUCUCUUCCUCAUGGGUGCAGUGGAAAUUCCUGCCUACAUCUUUGUGUGCUUUGGGAUGGACCGUGUGGGGAGAAGAAGCAUUCUGGUUUUCUCCCUUCUCUCAAGUGCAGUGACCAAUGGUGUGAUUAUGGUGAUCCCCAAGGAUUAUCACGUUUGGUGUGUGGUGGCAUCUAUGGCUGGAAAAUUUGCCAUAGGGGCAGCGUUUGGCCUUAUAUACCUUUAUACAGCAGAGCUGUAUCCAACCAUUGUAAGGUCGCUGGCUGUGGGGAGUGGCAGCACGGUGGGCCGUGUGGGGAGCAUCGCAGCCCCAUUCUGCAUUUACCUCUCCAGCAUUUGGAUCUUCAUGCCACAGUUGCUUGUUGGGACUUUGGCCUUCGUGAGUGGAGUGCUAACAUUCAUGCUUCCAGAAACCCUUGGGAAGCCUCUGACAACUACUUGGGAGGAGACUGAAAAAGAGAGCAGUUCAGGCAAAUUACUUUCCACAGCCGAUAAUACUGUGUUAGAAAAUAUCGCCGUGGUUAACUCUGAGGAUUCUGGUCUUAAUAAAUAAAUGUGCCAGACGUGCUGUGUAGCACCUGAAAUAUUGUUUAAUGCUUUUGUAUUAGAGGAACAUUAUUCUCAUCUCCUGCAUGUCAUGUGUAUGUGUCUUUUUUUUUAAUUUUGUAAGAAAGUUUUGAAACAAUGGUUUUGUAAAAGUAGAAGAAAUAAAAAGCAAGAUGAGAA